CUCGCCAGUGAGUGCGACCCAGCGGCAAACAACACAGGCUGGCGUAGAAACUUUCUCAACCUCCCUGCCGCACGCAUGAAAACAAAUGCCGAGUUUUGGAUCACGUUAAAGUGGACUACGUGUACAGGGACCGCGUACUGUAACGGGAGAGACCGCGAAAAGAGUGACAGAGACUGGGGAAGGUUGCUGGCAAGUUAGUCUCUGUUUUGGAAUGCAGGUCGUACUUGAACUUGGGUUGUUUCGGCUAUCAUUUGCACCUUCUCAACAAUGUGAACCCCGCGCAGCGCAACACCAGCAAGCAGCAUUUGGUCUUUGGAUGCUCCUAUCACGUGUGCAGAGAAGUAGCGCUCGUUAAUUGAUCUACAGAGGCGGCGACGCCACCGUAUGUAACGGGUCAACACUACGAGCAUGGACUACCUGAUUCCAGCCGGGCUGCAAGGGUCAUUCCAACCACGCAUAACUAUGGCCGCGUUCGCUCCUCUGAUUUUUCUCACUGUUCUCUCUCGCUGUGUUGAGGGCUCUCUUCACCCAUUUGACCCGCGCUCCGGUGGCCUGACCCUGGGGAAAGGCAUGGGCGGGUGGUCCCCCCUGGGGAAGGGGGUAGGGUGGCCCCCAAGGGACACACAGUGCCACCACAUGCUCAAGCACCUGCACCACGGGGCCCGCAUCACCGUGCAGAUGCCCCCCAACAUCGAGGGCCACUGGGUCUCCACCAGCUGUGAGGUGCGUCCGGGGCCGGAGUUUGUGACACGUUCCUACCGUUUCUACGGCAACCACACCUUCCAUGUGCAACAGUUCUACUAUGCAGACAACCACUGCACGACGCCCACACACACACUGGUGGCGCACGGCCGCCUGCGCCUCCGGCAGGCCUCGUGGAUCGUGCGCGGCGGCACCGAGGCCGACUACACUCUGCACAGCCUGCGCCUGCUCUGCCACACGCCGGCUGCCGCCCGGGACCUCACAGAGCACCUCGGCCGCACCUGCCAGCACCUGGAGCUGGCGCUGGGGGGCCGGGGUCUGGAGACGGGCGUGAGCUACGAGCUGUGGAGAAACAGCGAUGGCGCUGAGUGCGCGCGCGGCCUGAACUUUGCCAUGCACGAGCUACAGCUGCUCAGGCUGGAGAAGCAGUACCGCCACCACAACCUGGAGCAGCUGGUGGAGGAGCUCUUCCUGGGCGACAUCCACACCGAGCCUGCCCAGAGGAUGUACUACAGGCCGUCCAGCUACCAGCCAGCACUGCAGAACGCCAAGAAUCACGACCAGAGCUGCUUUGCUUGCCGUAUCAUCUCACAGGCGGCCGAGCUCCACCCACCCAUCCUGCCGCCUCGCGCGGACCUGCCGGUCAACCUGCACGGCCACUGGGUGUCCCAGCGCUGCGAGGUGCGGCCCGAGGUCCUCUUCCUCACGCGCCACUUCAUCUUUCAUGACAACAACAACACGUGGGAGGGCCACUACUACCACUACUCGGACCCCGUGUGCAAACACCCCACCUUCAGCCUGUACGCACGCGGACGCUACAGCCACGGCGUCCCCUCCCCCCGCGUCAUGGGAGGCACUGAGUUCGUCUUCAAAGUGAACCACAUGCGGGUGCGUCCUCUGGACGUGGCCACCACCUCCCUGCUUAACGUGUUCAGUGGUGACGAGUGCGGACCUCAGGGCUCAUGGCGUCUGGGCGUGGAGCAGGACGUGACGCCCACCGGCGGCUGUGUGGCGCUGGGCGUCCGGCUGCCCCACACCGAGUACGAGCUCUUCCAUCUGGAGCUGGAGGAGGAUGGCGAUGGCCACCGCAGCGGUCCCCACGGCGGGGCAGCGGGCAAAAGAAGAGGAGGGGGGCGACUGCUGCUCUACAACGGCCAGCGGCCCAGUGACGGCUCCAGUCCUGACCGGCCCCAGAAACGCGCCACCUCCUACCAGACUCCCAUGGUGCAGUGCAGCGGCAGCAGCGGCCAUGAUGACGGCCGUCACCACGGCAACCAUGCAGAGGGGGAGGACGUGGAGGGAAUGGAUGGACGCGGGGAGGGUAGGGAGGGGGGCAUGGAGGGAGCGGGGGACCAUCACCACAGACGAGUCACGCAGUCCAGGAACGGAGGGGUCAAAGGGCGCGGGCAUGGCAACGUGGAGAGGGUGGUCCUGGCUACUAUGCUGGUGCUGUUGGGUAUGGCCAUCCUGGGCUGAGAGCUGAUGGAGAGAAUAACAGGAGGAGACAAACAGAGGAGGAGGAGGAGAACAUGGAGGAUGCAAACUUUUCUUAGCAACACACACAUACUCCAACCCACAGACCUGAAUCUAAGCUCUUCACCAGAGCAAUGACUUUAAACAGCCUUACAUAUGUGUUUGCCUUAUUCCAGCUUUUUAAACUCUUUAUUUGACACUUUUGUGUGGCCCUGAAGCUAGACACCAAAGACAGGCCUGUGAAUCCCUCCUCCCUCCCCUGUCUCUCUCCCUCUGCGGAGCCAGCGCUGGCCUGCCACUGGCCCAGAUCCGGUGCCGACCCGUCACACGGCUGUUCUCAGCUGCACACAGCGAUCGCACUUUACCUGAGCGCACCUGCAGACCCUCUGUCCCGGCACGAGUGAGCGCCCUCCGCUACACAUUUGGAGCCCAGACCCAAAACUGUGCCAAACACAAGGUGUAAAUCAGGGUUCAUACGCCAGUGAUUCAUUGCUUAUUAUUAUGCAGAGCCUGUUUCAAAGCUACGUGAGUUUAGCUAAAGACUAUUGCAGUGUGCUACAGUACAUUGAAACUUCAUCCAUUCUCAUUUGUUAUUGUGUCUAUAAUUAUUGUGUCUAAUACUUAUUGUGACUAUAAUUCCCCAAAGCUACACAUCGGUGUGUUGUUGACCACUACACUGGGGACGUGUGCUAUUCAUUCAAUAUAUGAGUGCAUCUCAUAUCAGCUAAUAUGAGGCAUGACAUACACAACUCUCUACAAUCAAGCUGCUGAUCUCAAAGAACACUGGAUUGAGCAUCUUACUCCAUAGCUGACGCCACAGUGUAGCCCUGGUCAUGGGGCCACUCGCAGUGUUUAAUAAAAUAAAACAUAAUAUAACAUUCUGUCAAAAAAAGCAGCCAUUCUGGGAAAAGUUUUUGUGUUAGGUUAAAUGAUCAAGGUGUAUAAAUGAAUACAGAUAUAGAAACAUGUCUUUGUCAAGGGUGUUAAAUAUCAUUGAGAAAGAUGUUAAGUUUGUACAAGUCUUUGUGGCGGGACAUGGAAGCGGUCCCAGUGGCAUGGUGCCGUUUGGAAUAGCUUGGGGCCAUUGUUGAUAAGGUGAGAACACUCGGUUGCUCAAUCCAAUGUUCUUUUGAGAUCUGUGGACUCAAGCACACCCCCAUCACCACCCUGUUCUACAAUUGUUUACUGUAAAUUUGCAGCAUUUGUGGUCCAAAGGGGAAAGCCAGUUUUCCAAAGACCUGUUCGCCAAUGAUUUGCCUUUGAGUGUUUGUUUUCUUAAACCGGUUAUAUCUGGAGUCAGAUAGACUCGACUCAAAUGUGUGUUUGUGUGGCCUCAUAUACAAACAAAAAAGGAACUUCGUAAAGUACCCCAUUGUAAGGGUUCAUCCUAAGAACAAAUAUAAGACUGACCAUGACCAAUGAUGGGGAAGAUAUAACUGUGGCAUGCUAUUGCCUAAAAUACAUGUAGAGGACCUGCUUGUGUGUGGGUCAACUGGAAUGAUUGGAUCUUGGUUCUCCAGGCAAAGCUCAGGUGUGUGUGUGUGUGUUCUCUGUGGGUCGACAGGAAUUUGGUGUUGAAAUAAUGUGUGUGUGAAGAGGUUCUCAGAACCAGAUGAGAGAGGAGAAUGACACUGACUGGCUUAAUGGAACAAUAUGAUGGGUGUUUCAUGACUGGCCUGUGUGUUACACCGGAUGCACACACUAGACACUCACACACACACACGCGCCCUUCUUUUACAGAGAGACCAAAGUUGUGCAGGUCAGCUAUUUUAUAUAUUCUUUUCUGUUCUCAAACACACAUGCACACACACACACACAGAUGAAAGAACUGUGUGGGGUUGAAUCAUAAACACACACACCCACUCACACAUGUGAGACACCUGGGUCACAGGUGUGAACUUUGUGCAAAUACACAGGCACACACUCACACAAACCUCAUACAGAUGAAACCUUAUAAAGCAUAACUGGAUUCUUAACCAUGUACAACAUUAAAUAUUUGACACUGUUUUA